CAUAGCACUACGGAAGCCAUUAAAGAAGUCUUGAUUUAAAGUUUAAAAGCAAUGACUUUAUAUGAGCAGCGCAUUUGUGUGUAGAAAACUUAGCAUUUCGUAAAAUUUCAUUGAAAUGUUCAGGGAAUGGUGAGAGCAAAGGAAUUGAUAUGUGCAUAUCUUUCUAUCAAUGUAAAGUUCCUUUUACUCAGAAAGAUUGAUGCAGUCGACGAUCGAUAUUGCUCUGUAUCUCUGCAAACCCUGGAAGUUGUUAAUGUUUGUCCUUCAAACAAAACCGAGAUGGAACAAGCAAAUUUGAGAAAAAAAUGUGAUUUGCUUGCAACACGUCAAAACUGUUCCCAUCCAAGUAAAUUCAAAUAUCAUUGUGUCACAAAUGGAGAAAGAACUGCUUUGGUUGAGGUAUGCGCACCAGAAAGAAGAAUAAAUGGAUUUUGUACAGAAUUUAAUGUACUGGGGGCUAGAAUCCAAGGCCAUUAUACGACACAAUGUACAUCGUGUCCACAACAUUAUCAAUCUACAGAGGCCUACAAAUAUACCGAUUGCUUUCAUAAUAUUUCCUCCAACUUAGAGAAAACAUCAACUGUAUCGUCGAAUACUUAUUUCAGAACAGAAGCAAAUAGCGAUUCAGUACAUUUAAAGGACCUUCUCAUUUGCAUAGCAGUAUUUGUUAUUUUGAGUUUUCUACUGCUAGUCUUGAGUGUUCCAGCUAUUUUUCUUCUGUGUUGCAAAAGUAAAAAAGCUCAAAGAUCGGAUGCAGACAUUCCUCUGCGGUCUUAACAAUAUACAUAUAUGAUAGUUAAAGGAAAAAAUAAUGCACCGUAAAAAAGAUGUGAGUCAUGUUUGAAAGAUGUAGUGAUCAAGAUUGGUUGUACGUAUAACCAGUGCUGCGGACUAUUAACAAUAAUGGCAGAAAACUAUUUUGAAUCAAUUUGAAUUUAUAUGAAUUUGUUUUAAUAUCAUAUAAUUCUAAACAAUGUAUUUAAUGACCCUAUUUUCAGAAGAUUCCUAUCUAUCGUUGAGCUACUUUGUACCUGUAUAUGUGCUUAUUAUAAUUUGCAUAUCAUAUGUAAGCUAUUGACUCAUUAUUGUUACCUCAAUGUGUCAAAUGUUAAUUAAGUGAAGAUCACAACUUAUUUUUAGAAAUCAAAGGGAUCCAAUAUAAUACCCAAAAUACGAUUUUAUUAUCUACUCUUUUAUAUGAAUUGGAAACAAAAAUAUUCCUUUGAGCUCUCAGUAUUGGAUUAUGACAUGCUCUUGUAAAGGACAUAAAUAAAAUAAUUUCCCUUUGCAAUAUAUGACACAAUGAUUUUGUUUUAACGCCUCCGUUUUUAUACUUUUUAUUCAUCUCCAUUUCCUGACAAGUUUCCUCAUGUCAAUCUCAAUAAAUUAAUUGAUAAAUUAUUUAAUUAUAAAAAUUUGUAUAUAUAAAUAACAGUAAAUGAGAUAAGGCUACCGACAAAGCCU